AGCUGAAAAUAAAUGUGAUUUCUCAAGAAUAUCUACCAUGAAAAACAUAGGGAACAUUUAUGACUGUAAUUUACCAAUAGUCUACAUGUGUGGCCUGUCCAUGCAUGAUUUUCUGUCUACAGAAGUUGAGAAUAAAUAACUUCAUCUCCUCUUGAGGGUGAAAAAUCAAAGACUGUCCAAUGGCAUUUUAUUGGUGACUAAGUUGUCACUACAGUAAAGUGAAACAUUAACAAAAGUUAAAUAGACAGGCAGGAUCGCUCAGCAAGAUUAAUUUUCAGCCACGCAGGGCUGGGAUCACACAGAGCACAGGGAAUUGCAAACAUGGCAAAGGAGAAAGGUACAAAGGAAACAGCAAAGAAAAAACAAACUGGAGAUGAUCCCCCCAGAGGAGAUUUCUCUCCUCAGAAAAAAUCCCGGAAACUAUGUGGCACCAACUACCCGCUCAGCAUUGCCUUCAUUGUGGUGAACGAGUUCUGCGAGCGCUUCUCCUACUAUGGCAUGAAAGCUGUGCUGACUUUGUAUUUUCUCAAUUUCCUCCACUGGGAUGAAAACCUAUCCACCACCGUCUACCAUGCCUUUGCUGGCCUGUGUUAUUUCACACCUGUCCUUGGAGCUCUCAUCGCUGACACAUGGCUUGGAAAAUUCAAGACAAUCAUCUACCUCUCCAUUGUUUAUGUGAUUGGGCAUGUGAUAAAGUCUGUCGGUGCGAUACCAACUGUGGGAAACCAGGUUGUUCAUGUGGUUCUGUCCAUGCUUGGCCUGGGUUUGAUUGCUCUUGGAACGGGAGGUAUCAAACCCUGUGUGGCUGCCUUUGGUGGGGACCAGUUUGAAGAAGAACAUGCCUACGAAAGGAACAAAUUCUUUUCAGUCUUCUAUCUAGCUAUUAAUGCGGGAAGUUUGAUCUCCACAUUUGUUACUCCUGUAUUGAGAGGGGAUGUGAAAUGCUUUGGAGGAGAUUGCUAUGCCUUGGCUUUCGGUGUCCCAGCAGCACUCAUGGUUGUAGCCCUGGUUGUGUUUAUUUCUGGAAGUGGAAUGUACAAAAAAACUCCACCACGAGGGAACGUCUUAUUCGAAGUUUGCCAGUGCAUUGCGUUUGCUAUUAGAAACCGGCUGAAAAAUCGCUCCAGACAGAUUCCAAAGAGGGAACACUGGCUAGAUUGGGCAUCAGAAAAAUACUCAAAGCAACUGAUCAAUGAGAUUAAAAUGGUGACACGAGUUCUCUUCCUGUUUAUCCCACUGCCAAUGUUCUGGGCCCUCUUUGAUCAACAGGGAUCUAGAUGGACUCUCCAAGCUACCAGAAUGAAUGCAGACUUUGGAGGAUUAGUCUUUCAGCCAGACCAAAUGCAGGUCUUGAACCCACUCCUGAUUCUGAUCUUCAUCCCAGUUUUUGACUUUGGGUUCUACCCCCUGAUCAAAAUGUGCAGAAUUAAUUUCACGCCUAUUAGAAAAAUGGCGACAGGUAUGAUCCUGGCAGGUCUGGCAUUUGCAGCUGCAGCCAUUGUAGACAUCAAAGCAAAUGAAACCACACUGCCCCCGCUUGGUCCGAAAGAAAGUUUCAUUCAGGUCCUGAAUUUGGCAAAUGACAGUAUUCAAGUGACAAUCCCGGGCCAAGACUUAUUUCAGCAACCCAUUGGGGCUUUUCAGGACCCAGCUGAGUAUUCAAAAUUAACGUUGGAUGGAGCACAACAAAAUCUUCAUUUUGAUCUGCAGUUCCAAGGAUCAGUUUCCACUUUUCAACACACCGUGCAGGAAAAAUCAGUAUACAGCUUAAUUGUCUGCAAGUCAGAGGGAAUCCUAUCAAGCCACUUAAUUGCAGACAUGGCAACAAAACCAGCCAAGGGGCUGUCAGCUGUCAGGUUCAUUAAUGCUUUGGACCAAGAUGUCAGCGUCACCAUUGGCAAAGAGCAGAUCAUCCAUGUUGAUAAGAACUACGGUGUUGCAAAUUACACAACGUUAGAGAGGGGAAAAUACAAUGUACAAUGCAAUACUGAAACUGAGGAAUUCAGCCUGGACCUAGGCCUGCUUGACUUUGGAGCAUCGUACACCAUUGUUAUAACUAACACUUCUGCUAACGCUGUUGAAGCACGGAAGAUGGAAGAUAUCCUGGCCAACAAUGUCCAUAUUGCUUGGCAAUUGCCACAGUACCUGUUAAUUACAGCUGGGGAAGUGAUGUUCUCCGUUACGGGACUAGCGUUCUCUUAUUCUCAGGCUCCCAUCAGCAUGAAAUCAGUGCUUCAGGCCGGCUGGCUGCUCACCGUGGCCUUUGGAAAUGUCAUUGUGCUCAUUGUUGCCCAGGCAGCACUGCUGGAGCAGUGGGCUGAGUUUGUCUUGUUCGCUUGCCUUCUCUUUGCCGUGUGUAUCAUUUUCUCCAUCAUGGGAUAUUUCUACGUUACCGUGGAUCCUGAAAAACUGACAAAAGAAGAAGAAGAGAAGAAAGAGAUGCCGAGUAAUGGAAAUGAGAUCAGCCUCGUUCCCCGGAAAACACAGCUAUAACAUGACUGUGGGUUGGGCUGGGUUGUUUUUUUUAAACAGAGCACAUUAAGAGGAAGGAGGUUCGGGGAUGGGGUUUUUGCAUUCUGGCCUCUCACUCGAAAUGUAUCUUUCUAGUAAAUUGAAGAAAUAUCCCCCUUUUCCCCAAACAAGGGGUCUGAAAAUUGUGUAAAACUGCCUGGGAAAGCUCCCCUAGUAUUAAAGGCACUAUUACAAAUAAAUACAAUGUAAUUUUAAAUCAGCCCACCCUUUCUAGCCAAUAAAUUAUUUUCUGUGA